GUUGAACCCGUCGCUGUGGAAGUCGGCGAAUGAGCUCAGCUGUGUAUUCUGAAGGGCGAGUGUGUUCCCCAUGUUGAUCCUAUAAGCGGGACGGUCGCCUGCCAUCUGACCGGGAUAAACCUCCCCCCCCCCGGGACAAGAUGAAUACGUCGUUGGAGUCCAUGCAUCCGUCAGCUGACAAUGAUUCCAUGGUCCACCUGGCUGCGCCAAUCCUCCCAGUGAAGGCCGACCCCUCCAACAUGACCAUCAUUGAAACCAGCAACGGGACCAUCAUAGAAGACCAGAUGUUCCUCAACACGCUGGCCGCUCAGGCCCUCUCGGGAAUAUUUGUCUGGUCCGCCUUGCUCCUGACGUGCCACCAGAUCUACACACACCUUCGGUCCUACACCGUCCCCAACGAGCAGCGCUACAUCAUCCGCAUCCUCUUCAUCGUGCCGGUUUACGCCUUUGACUCUUGGCUCAGCCUGCUCUUCAUCAGCAACGACCAGUACUACGUCUACUUUGAUUCUGUGCGAGACUGCUACGAAGCGUUUGUCAUUUACAAUUUCCUAAGCUUGUCCUUCGAGUACCUGGGAGGAGAGAGUGGAAUCAUGUCCGAGAUCCGAGGGAAGAGCAUACAGUCGAGUUGUCUGUACGGCACCUGCUGCCUGGGCGGAAUGAGCUACUCCAUCGGCUUCUUAAGAUUCUGCAAGCAGGCGACUCUCCAGUUCUGCGUGGUCAAACCCAUCAUGGCCGUCAUCACCAUCAUCCUGCAGGCCUUUGGCAAAUAUCAUGACGGAGAUUUUAACAUAAAUGGAGGAUACCUAUACAUCACCAUCAUCUACAACUUCUCCGUCAGCCUGUCGCUCUACGCCCUCUUCCUCUUCUUCUUCGCAACAAGCGACCUGCUCAGGCCGUACGAGCCGGUGCUCAAAUUCCUCACCAUCAAAUCGGUCAUCUUCUUGUCCUUCUGGCAAGGAAUGGUCCUGGCCAUCCUGGAGCGCUGCCGCGUCAUACCCAAAGCGCUCUACAUCGACGGGCAAAUGGUCGGCGCCGGCACCGUGGCGGCGGGCUGGCAGAACUUCAUCACGUGCAUCGAAAUGUUCUUCGCUGCCAUCGCCCUCCGAUACGCCUUCACCUGCACCGUCUACCAGGAGAAGAAGGACGACGUGCAGGAAAACAGCCCUCCGAUGCACAGCAUCUCCAGCGGCCUGAAGGAGACCAUUAACCCGGGCGACAUGGUGCAGGAUGCGAUCCAUAACUUCUCCCCGGCCUACCAGCAGUACACCCAGCAGUCCACACAGGAGGUGGUCCAGCCCAGUGCAAACGGAAAGGUGGCCACGGGCAACAAGAGCUCCCGCAAGUCCGACAAGAUCAUGCUGAUCACCUCUGACGAUGAGUUGUAGCCAGUUUUUGCUUCUGUUUUCCUGGCAAGAUCCAGGUGUUUGGGUCCUUGCCACCCACUUCUCUGACACCCCCCCCCCCCCCUCCCCCGGGGAAACAGCUGUAUCGCACAUUGCAAAGAGCUGGAUUGACUCCAGGUGUUUCAUUGCCCCAGUAUUUUAAGAUGGAUUGCUCCCUUCGGUCCGGUUUUUAAUAGAUCAUUUAGGCAGCAAGAGGUGGAUGGAAUUAACAGUAGUUUUCUAAAUGGACCUCAAUGACCAAAGAACUCAUGUCUUCAUCUCUGCAGUAGUGAUCUUCACCGUAUCACACACAUCUGGAGCUUUGCAUUUGCUUUGAGUUUAGCUGCUAUUCUGCAAAGCCCCUGAUUCUGCUCGAUCCAUAUUGUCCGUACUCGUUCUCUGGGCGUCUGAGGUGCGUUCCCUCCCAUUCCUGUCCGUUUCCCGGGGGAAAUGAUUGAUGUGUGACUGCAGGAUGGAAGCGGGGACACCGGCGAUGGCUGGGAACGACACUUUAGGGGCCACCGCUUCAUCCGCAUCUUCUUUCUUUGAAGCGUUUGCUGAGCGUUCCUCUGCACGGCUGGAAAGCAGCCACGUCACACUCCUUUGGCGUUUUCCGUAGCGUGGACAAAUUGGAUAAGCCGGUCUCCCCCAAAGCGGGAGUUCCACGCCGCUCAGCAGUGUGAUUCAGCACAAGUAGACUGCUGUUCAAAAGACGCUAACAAUUAAUCUUUUGCUUCUGAAUUACUGUAAAUGGGUUCGUCUGCACAUUCUUUUUGUUUGACGUGUUCACGUGGCUAUUUAUGUUAUAAUUCCAUGUUCCAGCCAUUAUGAAAUAUAUGCAGAAUUUGAUUGGUGUAUUCUCAGUAAUUCAUAUGUUCUGUUCAUAUAAAAAGAUACCGGUUUGGAUGAUGAGUUUUAAAUAAUUUAAUUUAAUAAUAUGUGUAGUUAGAAUUCAGAGCCACGCAACAUAUCUGUGUGAGUUGAGACUUUGCAGUUUCUUCUGCUGUGUUUUUUAGAACUUAUCUAUAUUUAUGUGACAUGGCGGGCAUCGUUUUAUCUGGUAAACUAUUGGAGACCACUUUUGUAUUAAGUCAAAGGUUGUUUGAAACGUCCUAUCUUCCUGUGCCAAUUACAGCCGUCUUUCUGGGAAAGAAGAAAUCAAUUGAAUUGGGUGCAUAGAUAUAAUUGACUUGUGUAUCUUGGUCCUAUUUCUGUUGGUAACUUGAAAUAAAUUAAUCUGCACUUCUGAA